GGAGGCGGAGAGAACAGUUUUCCCGUUUAUCGGAAAGCGUAAGGAUAGUUGAUCAUGCCUGAUCCAGCCAAGUCCGCUCCAGCCGCGAAGAAAGGCUCCAAGAAAGCGGUGACCAAGACCCAGAAGAAAGAUGGGAAGAAGCGCAGGAAGACAAGGAAGGAGAGUUACGCCAUUUACGUGUACAAGGUGCUGAAGCAGGUGCACCCCGAUACCGGCAUCUCCUCCAAGGCCAUGAGCAUCAUGAACUCCUUUGUCAACGAUGUGUUUGAGCGCAUCGCAGGGGAAGCCUCCCGCCUGGCUCAUUACAACAAGCGCUCCACCAUCACCUCCCGGGAGAUCCAGACCGCGGUCCGCCUGCUGCUGCCUGGGGAGCUGGCCAAGCACGCCGUGUCCGAGGGCACCAAGGCUGUCACCAAGUACACCAGCGCCAAGUAACUGCUGCCCCAUCUCCUGCCCUACUCCCGGCAACACAAAGGCUCUUUUAAGGGCCCCCACUCUCUCCCUAAAAGAUCUGUAACUGCCUUUGGGUUUGGGGCUUUGUAUAAUACAAAAACAGAAGCCACACUUCAUAUUCUGUAAUACA